AUGAGCAACACAAACUCAGAAAUCCUGCUUGCAGGCGCUGCGGCCGCCUUCACCAUCGACCUUGUUGUCUAUCCCCUGGACACAAUCAAGACUCGCCUCCAGAGCCAAGAUUACCUCAAGACCUUCUCACGCCCGGCCGCUGCCAGCCAGACCCCGGGCAAUGUCUUCCGCGGGCUGUACCAGGGCGUUGGCAGCGUCGUCAUCGCCACGCUUCCCGCCGCCGGGCUGUUCUUCACCACCUACGAGGCCACCAAGCCCUUCUACAAGGGCCUCUCCGCGAGCUUGCCAGGCGGCGCCGCCCUUCCCACGCCGCUGGUUCACUCCUUGGCAUCGGGCACUGCCGAGCUGGCGUCGUGUCUCGUGCUCACGCCUGCCGAGGUCAUCAAGCAGAACGCGCAGAUGAUCCGCUCCAGUGGUGGCCCCAGCCCCGGCGGCGGUUGGAGGAACAGCACCUCCGUCCAGGCGCUCCGGAAGCUGUGGGGACCAGGGGGCGCGGGUGGCCCUGCCCGUCGACUUCUGACGGGGUAUACUGCCCUAGUAGCUAGGAACCUGCCCUUUACGGCGCUGCAGUUCCCCAUGUUCGAAGCCCUCAGACGAUGCAUCUGGGAGUCGCGCGACAGGCGGGCGAACGCGACGCAGACGGUCAAGGACGGGCCAGGUGCGGUAGCCGGCGGCGAGAGGAGGGUGGAGCAAGGCGCCAUGGCCCGCGGGCUGCUCGAGACAGGCUACGUCAGCGGGGUCAGCGCGGCGCUGUCUGGCGCUAUAGCUGCGGUGGUGACUUCGCCUGCAGACACCGUUAAGACGCGGAUGAUGCUCUUUGCUGGGGAAGAGAGGGAGCAGCGGGCCCGGUUCGAGGAGCAGGAGCAACGACUGCGGGACGCGGGCACGAAGGCCACGGGGAAGGCGGCCCAUCACGAGACACAGAGGCAGCUGGAAAGCGCAGUCAGAAGGCAAGGGCUGAACGGGAUGCAGGCGGCGAGGCUGAUCUACCAAGAAAAGGGAGUCUACGGGUUGUUCAGGGGGGGGCUUCUGCGGGCGGCCUGGACCGCGUUAGGCAGCGGACUAUACCUUGGGACAUAUGAGGUUGCCAAGGUGUGGUUGAAGGGCAGCAGCGGGGCAGAUGAUACGGGUAGUGAGACUAUUUUGUGA